AUGUUGCCUAUGUCACAUAAAGACUCCUUCCAAUCCUACCAUAGAGGCUUUGGCUCCAGAAUUAAGGAAAAAUUACAGGGAUGGAUUAGACUCAUAUUUUCAGAUAGGAAUUCCAGGAAUCUUUUUCUUUUCCUGAUUCUGAAUCUAUCCUUUGCUUUUGUUGAGUUAUUUUAUGGAGUAUGGAGCAAUAGUUUAGGUUUAAUUUCGGAUUCCUUCCAUAUGUUCUUUGACUGUACAGGACUCAUGGCUGGCCUAGCAGCAUCUGUGAUAACCAAAUGGAAAGCAAAUGAUAAAUAUUCCUAUGGGUAUGUUAGAGCAGAAAUUUUGGCCGGAUUUGUAAAUGGGUUGUUCUUACUGUUCAUAUCAUUCUUUUUAAUGUCAGAGGCAGUUGAGAGAGCAAUAGAACCACCAGAGGUUAAACAUGAAAGACUUUUUGUGGUCUCUGUUUUGGGCCUCCUUGUUAAUUUUGUGGGAAUCUAUGCAUUUCAACAUGGCCAUUCUCAUGGGGGUGGAUCUCAUGGCCAUUCACAUGGAGGAUCAUCUCAUGGGCACUCUCAUGCAAACAAUCAUCAUGCUCAUGACAUGGAAUUAGACAGUGGCAACUCUCAAAUAAUGAAAGGUGUAUUCCUUCACAUUCUAGCAGAUACAUUGGGCAGUGUGGGUGUCAUCAUUUCUGCCAUUCUCAUGCAGAUGUUUGGGUGGAUGAUAGCAGAUCCAAUUUGCUCCAUGUUUAUUUCUAUACUUAUAGCACUGAGUGUGCUGGCUCUCAUAAAAGAUUCAAUCAUGGUUUUGAUGCAGAGGCAACCUGUUUCUCUUGAUAAUGUGCUGCCACAAUGCUAUCAAAAAGUUGUGAGUUUAGCAGGGGUUUACUCUGUUCAAGAGCCUCACUUUUGGACACUUUGUAGUGAGGUUUAUGUAGGUGCUAUCAAAUUAGAAGUGUCAAAGACUGUUGAUCCUAAGUAUGUGGUAUCACAUACUCAGAUGAUCUUUGCAUCAGUUGGUGUGAGACAGCUAUAUGUACAGCUGGACUAUACACCAAUGUGA